CCACACCUUUUGCAACAGAAAAAAUCGUUUUGACUCUCAAUUUUCGACAUAAUAUCAAGACUGGAACUGAACUCGCGUUUUUGUAUAAAAUUUUAUAAGAGCCGCCCAACUAAUUGCUUUAAUUAUUCAUAACCUUAAAUAAAUAAACAAUUAUGCACUCUUCUCCAAUCAGCUUUCUUCACUUCUAUCUGCACUUAACUGUCAUAUGUAAGUCCAGCCGCCAUUUCAUAACAUCACCUUAAAAGGCUACUAAUUUAAACUCAAUUCAACGCAGCAGAGAAUUUCGGCCCACACCUGCCACGAUUGUCUGUAGCGCAGCUAUUAGCACAUUAUGCUCGCCAGCGCUGGAUUGCGCUAGCCGCUGGUCCGCCUUUCAAUUCAGUUUGAAUUUAGCGGUGCGCGCCAACGGCAGUAAGUGGCUCCGAAAGACAAUUGUCAAUAAGUGUACAACAACAAAGAAGCAGAAAAGACUAACGAAAUAAAUUAAUUUAACGAUUUGUUGUACUUAAAAGCAGUCAAGUGCACUUGGACUAAUUGUUACUUGAUAAAUACAAUACUUCCAUUUCCGCAUGAAUACAGCUACAUGAUUGUAUGUAUGUAUGUAUUUAAAUAAUUUUGGAAUUGAAGAUCACUAUUGGAUAAUAUAUGAAAAUGUUGUUACAAACAAGUUAUAAACGAUUAUUGUCAAUGCUUUGACAGCUGCAUCCGUUAAGUGAAGGUCAAGAAAUUCGGACGGGUAGCAAAACAAUAUAAACAUCAAUACAAAAUGAGACUUACACAAAUAUUCUAUGUAAUAUGUUUACUAAGUAUUCCCGCCUGCAUGUCGCAAAGCAGCGCGGAAAAUUUCGAGGAAAAGCGACCGCAUAUAAUAUUUAUUUUGGCAGAUGAUUUGGGCUUCGACGAUGUUGGCUUUCAUGGUUCAGCACAAAUUCCCACACCAAAUAUUGAUGCUCUAGCAUUUUCUGGACUCAUAUUGAAUAAUUAUUAUGUAAAUCCGAUAUGCACACCAUCCAGAUCGGCGUUAAUGACAGGAAAAUAUCCAAUACAUACGGGUAUGCAACAUACGGUGCUGUAUGGUGCUGAACCACGCGGUCUACCCUUGACUGAGAAAAUUUUGCCACAAUACCUCAACGAAUUAGGUUACUCCUCACAUAUUGCCGGCAAGUGGCACUUGGGUCAUUACAAAAGCGUAUAUACGCCUUUACAGCGCGGCUUUAAGACACACGUAGGCUUCUGGACGGGACAUCAUGAUUACUUCGAUCAUACAGCAGUGGAGCAUGGAAUGUGGGGUUUGGAUAUGCGAAAAGGAAUGGAUAUCGGUUAUGAAUUUCAUGGAAAAUACACCACUGACAUUGUAACGGAUGAGGCGGUACGUGUGAUAGCCGCGCACAAUGCAACAGCCCAACCACUCUUCCUUUAUGUAGCACAUGCGGCGGUGCAUUCAGCCAAUCCUUAUAAUCCACUGCCAGCGCCUGAUGAAGCAGUGGCUAAGCUGGAUAAAAUCGAGGAUAUGGGAAGACGAAGGUUCGCAGCAAUGCUCACGCAGUUGGAUAAUUCAGUCGGACUGAUCGUACAGGAACUGCAAAAGCGCAAAAUGCUUGAAGACUGCAUAAUUGUCUUUAGCACAGAUAAUGGCGGUCCACCGCAGGGAUUCAACCUUAAUCACGCCUCGAAUUGGCCCCUUCGCGGUGUCAAGAACUCAGUGUGGGAGGGUGGUGUGCGUGGCGCAGCGUUGCUGUGGUCACCACGUCUGCAGAAACGUUCACGUGUAGCCGAACAGCGUAUGCACAUCGUCGAUUGGUUGCCGACUUUGUUGAGCGCGGCGACUGGCGGGCAAGCUCAACAACUGCACAAUGCCAGUGCAGCAUUGGAUGGCAUUAGCAUUUGGAAUGCGCUUACGCGUGAUGAACCAUCGCCGCGUCGCAAUAUCCUGCACAAUAUCGAUGAUAUCUGGGGCAGUGCAGCGCUCACUAUGGGCGAUUGGAAGUUGGUACUUGGCACCAAUUAUCCCACAAUGUGGAAUGGUUGGUAUGGUCCACCGGCCGAACGCGAUGCUGCUGCUUACGAUUUGAAGUUAUUACAACGUUGUCCGGUCGGCCACGCUUUGGCCACCUUAAAUAUGACACCCAGUGUGGCGGAGGUAAUACGAAUGCGCAGGGCUGCUACAGUUAUGUGUGCGAUGGAGACGCCGCCAAACAUAUGCGAGUAUAAGGAGAAGAAGCCAUGCUUAUAUAAUAUCAGAGAUGAUCCCUGCGAAUACUAUAAUCAAGCUGAAAAAUACCCAAAUAUACUCCAAACCCUUUUGGACCAACUGAAGCAUUUUAAUGAGACUGCUAUACCCGCCUCCAACAAACCAGACGAUCCUCGAGGUGAUCCGCGUUUGCACAACUAUGUUUGGACAAACUUUGGCGACAUAGUAGAAAGCGCGCUUGCUGGAGAGCUUAAAUGAACUUUUUAUGAAAGUGUGUGUGUGAAAAAAUAAAAAUCGCAUUAUUUUGUUAUAAAAAUCGUCAAAUA